UUUCUUUAUCGACAUUUAUUAAAAAAACCGUCUGCGCUUUCUGAAUUUAUUAAGCUGCCUUUUAGCGAUUUAUAUUUUCAGUUGAACUUUUUCCCAAAUUUAUUUAAAUUUGCAAAAUACUAAAGUAUCCCAAUUGAUUUGCUGCAACGAAGCAAUAUAAUUGAAUAAUUCAAGGUGCCGCAAAAUAUAGAAAAGGUGUGUGAAAACUCUUACGUGUGAAUCAAAAUGUCUGCGGAGUCGCAUGCCGAAGUUGGUAUACAUGAUGAAGACAUUCACGACAGUACCUACCAGCCUCCACCGGAAAAGACUAUUGAGGAAAUAAUGUCUGUUGAUCAAGAGGAUGAAAGUUUGCGCCGCUAUAAAGAGGCCUUGCUGGGUGCCGCACAAGCGGAAAAAAUUAUUGUCGAUGCAAAUGAUCAGCGCAAAGUGAUCGUUAAGAAAUUGGCUUUAGUAGUUGAAGGUCACGAUGAUAUGGAGUUGGAUUUAACUGGCGAUUUAAGUCAACUUAAGAAACAGGUAUUCGUCAUUAAAGAAGGUGUUCACUACAAGGUGCGCAUAGACUUUAUUGUGCAAAGAGAAAUCGUUCAUGGCCUUAAAUAUGUACAAAAGACUUACCGAAUGGGUGUACCAGUUGAUAAAAUGACGCAUAUGGUCGGCUCUUAUCCACCGAAAAAAGAAAUUCAAUUCUACUUAACUCCAUCAGAAGAAGCUCCUUCGGGUAUUAUGGCACGUGGCACAUAUUCAGUUGCAUCGCUGUUCACCGACGACGACAAGCAUAUACACCUCAAGUGGGAUUGGACCUUCGAAAUUAAAAAAGAUUGGGAGUAAAAAUGAUGUGCAAAGUAUCGGAAGUUAUUGCAACUAAUUACAACUCAUACAGUGUCAAAAGUCAAGGUCACAUACAGUUUGACACGUGACAAUUUUUCUAACAUGAUAUUCUAAAGCAAUUUCAAUUUUUACAAAAAUCGUAUUAACUUUCUUCCUUUAAUUUAAGUAAAAAAGUAAGUUCUCUAUAAGAAUAUGAGAGAAUUAUAUUAUUAAAUGGAAGUCAAUUUGCAUAACAUUUCGUUUAACGUGCGAAAAGGAAAAUAUUUACUUUGCAAAAAAAAACUUGACUUAUCUGCUUUCAAAUUGUUUUUGAAGUUAUGAGUACACAUAAAGCCUCAUAUUUAUUUGAUAGGAGUUGUAAAAACAAAGUGCCCCGGUUUUUACAUUUGUGCUAAAAACAUAGAUUUCACUAAGAUUACGUAACAGAACGCAUUUCAAUAUUUGUAAAGUUGUAUUUAAAUAUUUUGUGUAAACACUUUAAUACUUGAAAAUAUAUAUUUUCCCAAUUUAUACGAAUUGCCUGUUGAUAUAUUACUAAUAAUGUAUGAAUUCAAUUCAGCAAAAUUAAUUAUUCAGUUUUAUGUGUCGCUCUUAAUCAAAGUAUUAAUUAAUUGCCAUAUGUGUAUGCUAUGUUUUUCUUGUUUUCUUAAAAUAAACCACUCGGAUUAAAAAUAAAAGGUUGAUGAUUUCUUAAACAUGCUAUAAUUUUGUGUAUGCAAACUAAAGCUGCAUGGAUAGCCAGUGAAUUAACAAUACGACACUUUGAAGAAUUUCCAAAGUAAUCAAAAUGAAUGAAUGAUAGCAUUAAAUUUGAUCAAGUAAAUUUUAACUGAAAAAAGCAACCAUGCGGUGAUCUUUCGGAGAAGAAAUUAAAUGAGAACAAUGAUGAUGAAUAAUUCAAUAUUUAUUGUAUACCAAAAAAACAAAACAAAUGUACUUUAUAUGUCUUUGUAAAAUUUUACAAAAAUGUAAUAUGACUAUAAGCAAUUUUGGAAAUACAGAUCUAUAACUACUUACAUAA